AACAGGGAACAUGCUAAAAUCAAAAAGUCUGGGAAAACAAACUGUGUAUGAAAACCUGCAAUUGAUGGUUGAUUUUUAACACCACAAAGAAAGAUUUUCAAUAAUUUUAUUUGUGACAAUGUUUCCAGAACAAUUUUUAUUCUAUUUUCCUUAUAUUCUUGCUGCCCUAAUUACCUUUCUUGCAGUAUGUAUUGCAUAUGCAGCCUAUCGCAUCAAUGAGCUUCACAAAAUGUACGACCACAUUCCAGGACCAGAAAGAACAAGUUUUUGGACUGGAAAUUUGAACUACAUUACAUCAGCAGACAAAGAAGGAAAACAUUUAGGAGAUCUAUUGCUUGAUUUAGCGAAGAAGUAUGGACAUACAUUCAAAUUAAUUCUGAUUUCUAAACCAAUAGUGGUUUCUGUUAACCAAGAAGCAGUUAAGGAAUUGUUAGUCACUGGUGGUCACAAGAAGUCAGAUGAUAUCUAUAAAAGAGCAAGUAAAGUAUUUGGAAACAGAUGUCUUGGUAAUGGACUUGUGACUGAAACCAACAUUGAAAAAUGGAGCCUUAAAAGAAAUCUCAUGAAUCCAGCAUUUAAAAGAGAAUACUUGAUAGAAUUGAUGAGUCAGUUUAAUGAAUGUGUUGAUAAAUUAAUUGUCCAGUUACACAAAUUUGCUGAUGACAAAUCACCAGUAUGUAUGAUGACACAAUUUUCCAGGACAACAUUAGAUGUACUGUCCAAGGUAGCUUUUGAUAAAGAAGUCAACAGUUUGGAAAAUGAUGACCAUCAGUUACCUACAGCAAUUAGACGUAUAAUGGAUGGAAUGUCUAUAAAGAAACUUUCACCAUAUGUACAAAAUAGUCCAACUUACUGGUUUUAUAGAAGAAAUGUUAGGAAGAGUGUAGAACUGAUUAGAGAAACAGGCAAAACAUGGAUAAAGGAAAGAAUACAGGCUAUUAACAAUGAUGAAACUGUUCCUAAUGAUAUUCUUACACACACAGUCAAAAUGAUGGGUGAGAACACUGAUCUUGAUUUUGAAGAAAUUAUUGAUGACUUCUGCACUUUUUUCAUAGCAGGACAAGAUACCAUAUCCACUGCAACAACAUUUGCUGUGAUGUUCUUAGGUCAGAAUCCAGAUAAAAUGAAAAAACUUGUUGAUGAUAUUGAUACUGUUGUUGGAUCCAAAGCUAAGAUAAAUUAUAAUGAUAUUGGAAAGAUGAACUAUUUGGACAUGGUAUGGAAAGAAACUUUACGACUCUAUCCACCAAGUAUAUCCACUGUAAGAGAGACAGAGAAGGAUUUUGUCAUUGAUGGAAUUAAUAUUCCAUGUGGUACAGAUAUCAAUUUGAGUACAUACAUAAGUUCAAGACUUCCUGAAUUUAAUGACAGACCUUUAGAAUUUCUACCUGAAAGAUUUGAACCUGAUUCACUAAUAAAGCCCAGUAUCUAUACCUACUACCCAUUUACACUUGGACCUAGGAUCUGUUUAGGACAACAGUUUGCUAAGAUUGAAGGGAAACUUAUAUUGGCAAAGUUGUUUCAAAAUUUUGAAGUGAGACUUGAACCUGGACAGCAAUUACAUGUUGUUCUGGAAUCUACCCUAAAAUUGAAAGAUGGAUUGAAAUGUUACAUAGUACCACGGCUAAAGGACAAUAAAAAAUGACAAGUAACUACGACAGAUUAAUUUACAUAAACUACAAAUGUUAAUUCUUAAGUUAAAGUGUUUCAAUGUUAACAAAAUAGUCCAUUGAAGUUACAUUUGUAAACAGAGAAGAUGAUACAAUAGGGCAGCUUUUAAAUUGAUGAAAAUAUCAAAUAACAUCUUUUAUUAUGUUCACAAGAUAUAAGUUUCUAUAGAUUCUGAUUUUUCAUAUAUAUAUUUAUAUAUAACUAAGGUUAUAAAAAGUAAUCACAAUAUGAAGCGUUUUUGGUUAGAGUGCAUUGGAUGAUUCAUAUUAUGUCAAUUGGCUGAUAUUUUGACUGUUUAAUAAUAAUCUAUUUUAUUCUCGAAUGUUUUCUUCAUUCAAAACAAUGUUAAUUAAAAGAGUUUUAAGCUUACUUGGUAAUUUCAAGUAAAAAAUUAUGAAAUCUUUCAUAUCUUCAAGGUUAAGGAUUUUGAUCAUGAUUAAUUCUAUGAAAGAAAAAGUUUAUUUAAAAUAGCAAAUUUUGUUAAAAUAAUACUAUAAUGACAUGUUUAUGAUGUUGCAGUCAUCUCAAAGUAUUGUCCUUUAAAAAAGUGUUUAUCAAAAAUGGGAAGGUUCAAUAACUUUUUUCUGUAGUCAUACAAAAAAAGAUAACAUUCCUAAAAAAAAAUAAAAAAAUUUCUAAUUAGAACUGAAUUAGCCAUGAUUCUAGCUUACAAAUCAGCAAUACACACUAAAUAAUUUAUUAAUGCCUUUCAUCCUUCAACCCAAUCUUCUUCACUGUUGCCUUAUCCCAAAAUAGCAGAAUUAUAACAGUUUUCUUACAAACUAUGAAUCAGAGCAUCCUGCCUUGCAGAACCUUUCUAUUGUAGUAAUUGUUAAUGUUAAUUUGUUCACUUCUUAAACAUACAUGAAACAUUUGCCACUGAAGGUAAACAACAAUCAAUCAAUCAAUCAUAUAAGUUUGCUUUACGUGUGAUGCAUUUUCAUAUGUGCCUUCAAUGAUAAUAUUAAAAUGUAAAUAUUAUACUUUUAAUUUUUGUCUCGCCUGCAACGAAAGUUGCUGAAGCGAGACAUAGGUGUUUCUUUUCCAACAGCGGCAUCGUCGUCGUUGAUAGCUUCAACAAUUGUUAAGUUUUCUGCUUAAGUCAGUUUGAUAGGAACUACUUGUGAUAGAACAAUGAUAUUUUCUACAAAGUUGCAUUACUAUCAGUACAUAUCAGUUUGACAACUAUUUCCAGGCCCUGCCCCCUAGGUCAUGGGCCAGAGACUUUGAAUUGAUAAGCAAUUGUUAAGUUUUCUGCUUAAGUUAGUUUGAUAGGAACUGCUUGUGAUAGAUAAAUGAUAUUUUCUAUAAAGUUGCAUUACUAUCAGUACAUCUCAGUUUGUUGACCAUUUCGAGGCCCUGUCCCAUAGUUCAUAGAUCCAUCCACACAUUAGAUUAGAAUCAUGUCCACUGCAUUGUAAAUGUCAAUCUUCUACAUUAUCCCACAAUUUGUUCUUAAAAACUAAGUAGCUCAAAUAAUACCUAAUGCCUCUCAGUUUGGCAAUCAUUUUGAUGCGCUGCCCUCUAUGUCAUGGUCCAGCAACUUUGAAUUAAUUAGCAAUGUCCAUCAGAUUAUUUUUUUCUGAAUUUUCUGCCAACAGACAAGACAUAUCUCUGUGUCAAUAGUUUAUUUAUGUACAUGUAUAUGAUAUAAACAACUUUUCAAAAGGUAGUAGAUAAAUAUAUUCAUUUAUCUACACUUUUACUUGUUUUACUAAGGUUAGUUAUAAUAAACUUUUUACAUGGAUAUUAAAAUUUUUGAGUUAUUGCAGAUAUAUUUUGUAAAUUUUAAUCACCUUUAUAAAAUAUUGUAAUAUGAACAUGUUUUUUUUUUAUUUAUAUUAUAUUUAUUUUAUAUAUAUAUCUGUGCAUCAUAUACAGUGUAUGUUUUAGGUUGUUUUUUUUACUUUCAAUAAAUACAAAAAAAACAUUGA